GAUAUAAUUUGUGCAAAACUAAAGUGCAGCGACACGCAUAAAGUGAGUGAGCGCUGCUGGAGCUAGAAGUUUUCUCAUCGACGUACAUGUCAUCGUGUAACUCUGCAGUUGUCGUCUCAACCAUGAGCCGAUGCAGCGCCGUUCUGCUGUCUACCAUCCUCUGCCUUCUCUGCGCGGGAGCCACCAACACCAAUACUGCCAUCACGAUAAUCCAACGGAACCUAACUGUCAGAGAUGGUCAAGAGGCAGUAUUCAUGUGCGAAGUUCCAUGCACCCAUGAAGCAUUCUGGUACGUCGCAGAUCUCCACAAUUCCUUUGCCCUCCCGUACACCGACACCCUAUCUGAGCUGACCUACUCGAGGUCGUACAGUGACUGUACCUCUGCUGGGAGAUACAACGACACUCUCACACUGACAGCCACUCCCGAGUUGAACAAUGUCCCCAUCCAAUGCUCAGCGUCAAUGAUUGACUGUAAUUCAGGGGACGACUCGUGCGGUUUCAUCGUCUACAGCAGAUUCAGAAUCCUCAGAGUUGAGAGUGACGUUCCUACCCCAUCUCCAUCUCCUCCUUCCUCUCCCUCUCCACCACCAUCGGAAAAAGAGGUGUCAACAGCUUGCCCCUCACCUAGUCCUGUAGUUGGUGAGUCUCCACACAUGCAGUAGUUUCUGAAUCUACACUUAUAUACCACAUUGGUUCUACUCUAUCUCUGCACUUCUGGCAAAAAUAUAUUUUAGGCCACUUGAUGCAGAAUUUUUGGUAUCUAGGAUAAGGGUAGAAACCACAUUCACCAACAGUAGCCCCACUGU